UUAAACCCUUGAAUAACUGCAUGUGAUCACUUGUGCCCAAGCACCUGAGCUGUGGGGCAGAACAACAAAAUAAUGCGUUGGGGAGGGUGAUGCACUGGCAUCUGGUGACUCUGCCAUCCCUCAAUUGGUUUUGCUGUUGGUUAGUUUUGGCUGUUGGCCAGCUGGCUUACAUACUUCAGGAUUUGUUUUGAUGUUGUGGAUGGGACUUAUUUAACUUGCAGGAUAUCUAAGUUAUCUUACCAGCUGUUAAUGUGACUGGACCUUAUUUAAAUGGCAGUUGUUCAACAAACCAUCUCCUGUCUGUCAGUGCUGUAUAUCUGAGGUCCCUGAAUAGUUUGAAAUAGCUAUCAUGCUGCCUAGUAAUGUGCAUUGGAUGUGACUUUAAGAACCUCAGGCGUUUUCCUCUCCAUACUUGAAAAAAGAGGGAAGGAAAGGAAAAGUAGUCUUUUUUUUACGUAAGAACUACAAGAUUUGAGCUCAUUGUUCCAAUGACAUACCCUGGACUAGUAGUAAAAACCUGCAGGGAAGCUGGUGAAUUUAUCCCAAACCCAGAGCAUACAUGAGCCUUCCCUGUCACCUUCUAGCUGAAGCCUUGUUGCUUAUGUCCAGUAACCUUAUUUUUAAACCAGAUCUGAUUCAUCCUCUAUUUUCUAUGCCAGAUGAGGUCCUUACUUGUGAGUAAGUGUUGUGACUGUAGCUGGCAGGAGCCCUGCAUGAUUGCCUCACUUCAGGAAAUGUUAAAAUAACACUUUUUUUUCUUAGAAAGCUAGUUCGCUCCCCUCCCACUUCUAAUUUUCCUAAUAGCUGCCCCCAGUUUGGCAGCUGUCUUAACAGAGGGUUGUUUGUGUUGCUGAGUGAGAGCAGAGACACUUCGGUGGAUGCAGUGCUCGAGGAGAGGUAUGCAAAGUGAGCUAGUAUUUCUAGCCAAGCUGGCUUAAGCUUUUUAGAGGUUUCUCUGAAAUUUGGAAGGAAAACUGCUAAACUGUGAGAAGAAUCUUGCUCCUCCUCCUGGACUCUGUGCCUGAAGCUGUGGAUUUUUUUUCUUCCUCUUGGAGAAAAGAAGCUGCCCCAACUGAAGCUGCUCAUUUGAGACCAAUAAUACAGCAGGUUUAUCUGCUCUCUUGACUAUAGUAAUUCAGUGGGGCCAAUAGUACCAAUAGCUGCUGGAACGGGUGUCCCCUGAGGCUGGACCCUGCAGGUUUUGUCUGCUGAUUUGGACUUGCAGUCAGGCCUCCAAGGCAAUACUGACUGGUGCACAUCUUGACAAGGUCUCCAAGCAACCUUUUCUGUAGGGCUGAAUGACAGCAGGAGUGGCCGGGUAAAUCGAUGAGCUUGCCUUGGGAGCCUAUAAAUAGGCAAAAUCAGAACACACACAAUGGGUCAGAAGGUCACAGGUGGGAUAAAGACUGUGGAUAUGAGGGACCCUGUAUACAGGCCAUUGAAACAGGAACUCCAAGGACUCGACUACAGCAAACCCACACGUCUGGACUUGCUACUGGACAUGCCUCCAGUAUCAUACGAAGUCCAGUUAUUGCAUUCAUGGAACAAUGAUGAUCGCUCGCUGAAUGUGUUUGUGAAAGAGGAUGACAAACUCAUAUUUCACCGGCAUCCGGUGGCUCAGAGUACAGAUGCCAUCAGAGGCAAAGUGGGAUAUACACGAGGACUGCAUGUGUGGCAGAUCACGUGGGCAAUGAGGCAGCGAGGCACACAUGCUGUGGUAGGGGUGGCAACAGCAGAUGCCCCUUUGCAUUCAGUAGGGUACACAACGCUUGUAGGAAAUAACCAUGAAUCUUGGGGAUGGGACCUUGGGCGCAACAGACUGUACCAUGAUGGCAAGAACCAGCCAAGUAAAACCUAUCCUGCCUUCUUGGAACCGGAUGAAACUUUCAUUGUGCCGGACUCCUUCCUGGUGGUUCUGGACAUGGAUGAUGGGACGCUGAGCUUCAUUGUAGAUGGGCAAUACAUGGGUGUUGCAUUUCGGGGACUCAAAGGGAAAAAGCUAUAUCCAGUGGUAAGCGCAGUGUGGGGACACUGUGAAAUACGGAUGCGCUACUUGAACGGACUUGACCCUGAACCACUGCCUUUGAUGGACUUGUGUCGGCGAGCUGUGAGGCUUGCUCUGGGCAAGGAGAGACUGAACGAGAUCCCUACACUGCCACUGCCAGCCUCCCUCAAGAGUUACCUGCUCUACCAAUGACCUUCAUGUUCAAGGAUAGAGAGUUGGACCCAAGGCAAAAUAUCUGGAGCUGACCCACUGGGAAAUGGGUUCUCCACCCUCGUGUCAUCGCUACUGUUGGAACUCCUUGGCCAAAGUAUUCCUGCCGCCACUUAAGUCUCUGUGUGCCCUUAUUGGCAAGCUCUCAAGUAAUCCUUGUUUCACAACUGUUUUUGUUCGUUGGAAGUCACUUCCCCAGCACACUUACAAAAGGAACAUUUACAGAAGCUCAGUGCUUCCCUGCUUCUCCUGAGAAAAGGCUGUAAUGCAUCCUUUAGGUUGUGGAGUCUAGGAAUGAAUGAUUUUUCUGUACUAGCUAAAGGGAAGAACAUAAUUUGGGGGAAGGGAAGGCAUUAGGAGUAGAAAUGUUAAGACCAGGUCCUAAGAAUGGAAAGACACAGGGUGGCCAGCAGAGUUGGGAAGAGUCUGGAAUACCAAGAAGAAUUAAUUGCUGAGUUUUUUUAAAAACCAAAAAAACCCCUACCCCACUCCCAAACCCUGAAACACCAAAACCAAGAACCCUUCCACCAGGACACUUAAUUCGGAGAAGGUGAUUAUGUCGCUGAUGUCUAUCUCUGCCAGGACUUCUCACCAUGUUCUAAUGUUAUUUCAUAGACAGUGAAUCCUGCUUUCUUGUUUAUCACCAUUGCUUUCUCAGUUCUGCUCCAUGCCCUGUUCUGCCUCUUCUUAGUGGGUUUGACUCAGUUGAUUGAGCAGUCAUACCAUGUCUUCACCUGUCCUCUUCUUGAUUUAAAACUGUGGGUUUUAGUCCGGGUUCAGGGGUUCCUUGCUGAUGUGGGGCACAGGGAAGGAACAAACUUCCCCUGCAAUAGGGGGCUGUAUGAGCUGAGAUUUGUUACACAGCUAUAGGUCCUGCCAUCUUAGGUCUGGUUUCUAUAUAGCCUGUUACAUUUUAAGGCUUGAGAGAAACAUACUAAUGUGUUUCUCUAGAUAAGCUGCGUCGUCAUCCAAACCAGGCUUUGUCCUGUCAUAGACCAUCAGCAUAAUCUCCACUUAACUAUGCAGCAGGAAUAGUUCUCUCUGGUUCUUGCUCGGGGGUGGGAAGUUGUCCCAGAGAAGGUGGUAGCAGUGUGGCUGCAGAAGUACCAUCAGCAGAUAAGACAUCCAGAAGGUGAUUGCUGCGGAAUGUAACUUGUAAGACUUUAACAGAGGCCAGUGGGGUGAUCUUCAGGCACAGCAAGAAGAAACUGAACCUCUCCAGAGCUGGGGAUGGGGGGCAGGAGAGAACUGCAAUAAACAGGACAAGCAAUUCAGGCAAAAUCAGCACAUCCCAAAUAGAUUCUCACCUCAGUAGCCAAGUAAAGAGGAUGACACUCCUUUACUAGCAGGAGCUGCUCUCUUGACCUCUCCACAGGUUACUAUGCUGCCUUUCUGGGGUUAAUUUGCACAUUUCUUUGUCUUGAAAAAUGUUUGUGUGGUUGGUUUUUGCUCUUGAGUUAUCCCUUCAGUUCUGUGUAGGUACAAAUGAGUUUAGUUGUUGAAAAUGUUAAUAUAUAUAUUUGUGGUGUAUGUAUAAGAACAUGUUUUAAACAGCUGCUGUAGGGUACCUUUUUUAAAAUAAACUACUUGCAUAGUAUAUUUUUUAAAGCACAGAAUUGGUGCCAAGACUGGGUGGGGUGUGAUAUGCCCCUUUUUUAAUCUAAUAUUAUAUGAUUUUUUUGAUGUAGGGGUUUGUACUAGUUUCUGUUGCAGGGUAGGACACAAGAAAAUUCAGUGUGUAUGGAGCCCUACUUGGUUGCCUUCAACAUGAACCAGUGUCUUCCAGAACUCCAGGGAAGCAGCUGUGUUCUCCCUACUUGUAAUGUUCUUUGUCCUUCCUUGUUUCCAUCUCUUCUCACUUCACCAGUACAUUGCUUUGUACAGUUUUAAAUUGACUUUCUAUUUUAUGACUGUAGAUAAUACUCAGUAACCUAAUAAACUUUAUUAAAUAUUA